CACGAAGGUAUUUGGCUUGAUUUCACCAAAGAGUUGUUGCUCUUUGUUCGUGAAAUUCCAUUGAUUUCAAGUUUUUCCUCUUCUUAAUGCCUCCAACAUACUUUCCUCUCCGGUGGGAGAGCACCGGAGACCAGUGGUGGUACGCUUCCCCAGUCGAUUGGGCCGCCGCCAAUGGACACUACGACUUGGUCCGUGAACUCCUUCGCCUUGAUGGCAACCACCUUAUCAAACUCACCUCUCUCCGCCGUGUCCGCCGCCUCGAAACUGUCUGGGACGACGAAGAGCAGUUCGAUGAUGUAGCCAAGUGUCGCUCAGAAGUUGCGAAAAAGCUACUUUUCGAGUGUGAAAACAAGAAAGGGAAAAACUCUCUCAUUCGAGCCGGCUAUGGCGGGUGGCUUCUGUACACCGCCGCCUCGGCCGGAGACUUGGGUUUUGUUCAAGAAUUGCUGGAGAAAGACCCAUUGCUAGUUUUCGGAGAAGGCGAAUAUGGGGUCACUGAUAUACUAUAUGCAGCGGCUAGGAGUAAGAAUUGUGAAGUUUUUAGGCUUGUGCUUGAUUUUGCUGUGUCGCCAAGGUUUUUUUCUGGUAAUGGAAGAGAAUUGGAGGAACAGAUUGGGGAUAUUCCUUCUGCUUAUAAGUGGGAGAUGAUGAAUAGAGCUGUUCAUGCUGCUGCAAGAGGGGGUAAUUCGAAGAUGUUGAAGGAGCUUCUGGGUGGUGAUUGCUCUGAUGUUUUGACAUAUAGAGAUAUUCAGGGCUCUACUAUCUUGCAUGCAGCUGCUGCCAGAGGACAAGCUGAGGCAGUUAAAGAUCUUGUUGCAUCUUUUGAUAUCAUCAACGCCUCAGACAAUCAAGGCAACACAGCAUUGCACUUGGCUGCAUACAGGGGACAAUUGGCUGUGGUUGAAGCCCUAAUUCUUGCAUCCCCUUCAUCCAUCUAUUCCAAAAACAAUUCUGGAGAAACGUUUCUGCAUAUGGCCGUUACUGGUUUCCAAACUCCUGGCUUUCGAAGGUUGGACCACCGGAUUGAGCUCAUGAAGCAAUUAUUAGGUGGGAAAAUUUUCAACAUUGAAGAAAUCAUUAAUGCCAAAAAUAAUGAUGGUAGAACCACUCUUCAUUUGGCCAUCAUGGGGAACAUUCAUUCUGAUUUAGUAGAAUUACUGAUGACUGUCCGUUCAAUUGAUGUUAACAUCCGUGAUAUAGAUGGCAUGACUCCGCUUGAUCUCAUUAGGCAACAUCCACGGUCUGCAUCAUCGGAAAUACUGACCAGACAGUUGAUCUCAGCUGGUGGAAUCUUCGGUUGUCAGGACUAUUCGGCAAGAAAAAUAAUUGCUUCCCAUAUAAAGAAGCAAAGUAUUGGAGGCAGUCCAGGAACUUCCUUCAGAAUCUCUGACACAGAAAUAUUUUUGUACACAGGCAUUGAGAAUGCAUCAGAUGCCAGUGGUAGUGCAAGAUUGAGCCCAUAUUCAGCAGAACUGAGUCAACAUGACUUGACCAUGGAGAACCAAAGUCCCAACAAAGAUAAGAAACCAAGUUCCGCAAAUUCUGCUGCGCACCAUUUGAAACGCCUGCUCCAAUGGUCGAGGAUGAAAGAGAGAAAUCCCAAGAGGCUUAAGGAAAUGGUAGAUCGAAAAUCAGUGAAUGUCCCACAAGGAACUCCAAUCCCCCUUCGGCAAAGAUUUUCCAAGCCUUCAUCAUCACUUACUAACAAGCGGACACUUUCUGCUAGGAGUAAUCUUCCUAGUCCAACUGCCAAAAAGAAACUUGCUACGGGGCUGGUGCACGGCGUCAUGCAGGCUAUGCCACAUCUAAAUGUUCCACGUCGAUCACGUUCUAGUUCCUUCUCCAAAUUAUCGGUAUCUUCACAUAGUUCAUCGGAUAAGCAGAAAGGUGUCUACAUUGACAAUGUUACAGCAGGUCCAUCUUGCUCUACUCAAACACAUAAUGAAGGAACACCAACCUCCAUUUACAGAGAAGGGUCGAUCAACAAGAGGCUGAUGAAUCAAUACUUCUGUUGUGGUGCUCCUGGCAAACCUGUGAAAGCACCAGCUGCCAGGCAGCAGCCAUAUGAGAUUUACGACCAUUUUGUUUCCUCAAUGGCUUGAUUAAUUGAAUUAGAAGUGAGACAAUUGGGUAGUCAAGAGACGGAAAGACAAAGACACUACCUAGAUCCAUGCAGCCUCGUGAAUUUAGUAAGUAAUCAAGCCUCGUUUCUGUUACUGAACAUUUUUCACUUUGUAACAUGUCACCUGAUAUGUGUGUACAAUAUGUUGUUGUUAGCUUUUAACAACUGUCUGUCCAAACCAAGUUUUAUGCUAUAUCUUGAGGCAUUUAUCCAAAGGAAAUGUAAUAUCCUGAGCCAUGUAGGCUAGCAUAUAUCUUUGGACCUCAUCCUACUAAAUGGUCCAAUCCAAUGUCUACCAUGGUUGGAUUGAAUGCUAACUGUUCUAAAACGGUUAGCUCAAUCAAAAAAACAAAAUUGUGUUUGAUGGUAAUAGUAAAUAAAGCAAAACCUAACUUCGAGCUGUGAAAC